GGUAGUUUUAGCUUCAAAUUCUGAAACCAGCCUAGGUAGCUACGGAAUUGGCGUUCAAGCCCCUUGCAGUACCUACAAACUUUUCUAAACGGAGCGGCUCAUUCUUCGCAAACCGAGCAUCUUCAGCAACAUCAUCUGCUGCAAGGGUCUGGAACGUGCAUUCUGCUGCUCUAAAGAUGUAUCAUCGUUUGAAGGCCAGCCUUUUGGUCGUGUUCUUGACUGCUGCAGGACAGCGCGCAUCGGGUCAAGCGGUGAGUGGGAGCAUUGCAACUGUGAUGGCACAAAAGGAGCAGAUUGCGGUGCAAGGGGCACGCAGCGCAGCGAUCAAUGAGGAGAAUGCGUGCGCGGCGAUUGCGGCGUGCGGCAUCAAUCCCUCAGCCCUUGCUUGCACUCUCGCUCCUGUAUCUUCCAUGACAACCAUCUGCCUCAACACUGGGCAAGGAGAACAGCCGGCGUGCAACAAUGCCACUUGCAGCAACCUUCUGUUGUCAUAUGACCAAUCUAAUAUCAGACUACCCGACGGGGUUGGCGUCAAGAAAGCCCCAGCGCCAAACCCCGGCGCCGUGAACGCUCGACUGCGCACAAACUACCUGCAAAGAGACAUCUGUGUCCAGAAGCAACUAGACACUGUGUACAAGAGCGUCGUUCCUCAACCCUCAGGCAGCGACAUCCCUGACUUUGCAUAUUAUGGCGGCGCAUCGGGAGUGUUCCGCAUUUUCCCCGCGGUGGCAUACGAUCAGUCCCCGCUUGCUGAUGGCAGCGGAGUGCAGUGCUCUCCGUCGUACGAUCCACGAAGACGACCUUGGUACGCCGGUGCGGCCUCCCAAACGAAGCUGCUCGUUAUCCUCUUGGACCUAGGACCCUUCCUCAACUCGCCGAUCGCGUUCGGCACGGCCGCUGGCGUCACCAAGCUGGCUGCGAUGAAGGCGGCGACCGCGGCGCUCUUUGAGUCUCUGAGGGCCUUCGACGUGGUCGCCGUGGUGACGGUCUCCAACUCGACCGGCGCGCAAGUGCUGACGACGGCAUACGGACAAUUUGCCCCGGUAACGACGUACAACGUUCCCCGGGUUGACAAAGGGGACGAAGCGAUCAUGGCGCUGGACGCGGCGGUCCAGAACUUGACGGCGGCCACUUCCGGCACGACGGAUCUGUUGAGCGGUCUCACUCGGGCACUCUCAGUCGCCGACUUCGAGCUCGACUUGGGGAAGACUAUUUGCGAGCGGGUGGUUGUCGUUUUAACGGACGGUCUGAGUUUGGGUAACACGACAGCAGCGGGUUUGACGGCGGCGGUGCAAGCGCAACAGCUCCGAAGAAAAGAAACAAGCGUCCUGUUCUUCUCCGUCGGUGCGAUCGGGAGGAGCGCCCAGUCCGACGCGCUGCUCCAGCAGGUGUCCUGCGCCACGGGCAGCGUGUGGGGCAAGCUGGACGACUUCGAAAACUCCCUGCUGUCGAUGUAUCCCUAUUUCAACCUUCUGGCGGCGCGCAGCUUCUACAAUCCGGGGGUCAGCAAUCAAACCUACUUCACGCAGCGCUACACGAGCCCGUCACGACACGUGGACAUCAUCAGUCCGGCCAGACCAGUUUACGACGGGGCGGGGAAUCUGGUGGGCGUUGCUGGGGGGGACUUCUCUUUGCAGUCCACGCUGCUGCGGAACUUUUCGCUGGAGGAGGUCGAUGCGGAACUCAACAGCAGAAUCACCUUGGAGCGGUGCUCCAACGUUACACUCUCGGAAUGCCGCCUCGAGACGAUCCGCCAGUUCUCCGGGUACACUUGCGGCACCAGCUCGGGUUGCCCCGCUAUAGUUGUCUCGCCCUGCUCCAUCGCCACCCCCCCCCAGACCAACAGCAGCGUCACCGUUCUGCAACCCCCCCAGAGCAGCCCGCUCUCGGACCUGCUGUGCUGCGGCACGUGCGCAUUAAAUGCCGCCCCACUGCCCGCGCCCACAGCCGCUUCUAGCAACAGCACAUCUGGGGGCGGCUUAUCUGGCGCGGCGGUCGCGGGGAUCGUUGGGGGAAGCGUGGGGGGUUUGGUAUUCAUGCUUGCAGUGAUCGCCGCAUUGUGGUGUUGUUGCCGCCGGAAGACGCAUCCUGACGGUAAAGUACGUCAGCAAGGGGCGCUGCGACCUACCGGGGCAAGUAUGAAUGGACCAGCGGCUGCUAGAGCUUCAGAACCUGCUCGGUUGUCCCGUCCGUUUGCGGAAGUGGACGAGGAGACGAUGAUGAACCCGAACCGUGAUUAGGGCGCCGGUCUACCGCGCGGUUAUUUGAGAGGUAUACAACGCUUGUGACGCAGAGAGGGAGGCCGUUAACGUAUGAGAUUGUGAUUGGAAGCCGGUCCAACACAAGCGGAUGAUUAACCAGCCCUCACAUAGGGAUAAGCGAAGAAAACAAAUUCAGAUCGUACUCUCCAAUUCGAGAUUGUAUCAUAGUCGACCAUCGUUGAAGAGGUCUCUGCGAGUCAACCAAUCACUUAACCCUAUGAACGACUCAAUGCUGUUUAACCGACAGUAGUUUUUUUGGUUAUAGUUACAGUAGUUGCUCGGCUUUGCUUCCAAAGCCGCGAUAGGGGAGUUUGUUGAAGACUGCGCAGGCCCACUGUUGACAUCUGUAAGUAAGCCCGAGAGCUAAAGGAAAGACGUCCAGCGGAAGGAAAUAGAGGAAUAGUUGCAAUGGAAGGGACAGGUGGAAAACGCUGCGAGAUUGCUGAUCAAACGCACAUUAAUGGCCCUAUAAGGCACCGCGACCGCAUAGGCAAAUGUGCUUGAGAGAGAGAUCGAACGUUGGUAUGUUCAUGCUCGUAGCGAAAGAUCGUCGGUCGGUCUAUAGAUCCGAAUAGGAAGAGCGAUUGAACCGGAAUUUUACGGUUCGUUCAUCGUCAAAUCUUUAGCGGCGUAGCCAACGAAUGGUUGGGAUGUGCCUAGAUGAUCUGCCCAGCUCUAUCCGACGCGAAACAGCAGCCAAUCGUUUUGC